GUUUUGUAGGAAUUCAGCAUCCUUUUGGUGGUUCUUCUGGAAGGACAACCUACGUGAAAUGCAAGGCAACAAUCAACCUCGAUCUCCUCACUUUUUCAACCAACCAACAAUCAGCAAAUAGUCUCUUUCAGAGCAUUCAUUGAUAGUUGUUUGACCACCAUGGACACUUGUUUUCAGAACCCAUCCCCUCAGGCGGGCAAUCUUUCUCCAUCCGUCCAGUCCUUGCUAGAUUACUACAUGGCAACUCCCACAACUCCCAAUUUUUUAUUGAACAACGAAGCCAAGAACAUCCUCAACAGACACGGCGAUGGAAAUCUCAUCAUGACGGCUGCUACCGAUCCAAAGUUUCGGCGGGAUCUCGUGGAUGGUGCCAAGGGCGGCUCGCAACUCGCGAGUUCCAUGGCGUACGAGCUCAAGGCUGCGAACGACCAGGUGCGGGAUGCUACAAUCAAGCAUUCUAUGGACACACGCGACAAAAUCCUAGCAAUGAUGAAGGAGCUCGAAGCGGCUGACCGUGCGGUAGAAUCGCUUAGAUCGAGUGACGAGAUCGUCGAGGAAGUGAUGAAUUGGACGUAUCUUUCGCUAAAGCCUUUGAACGAAGUGGAGCCAGAGCAUGUGGAGGUAUUCUUUGCACAAGCAAAGGCUAACUGGGGGAUGGCGAUUGUGGACCCACAAACGGUCAAACAUUGCUUCUCAGCCCAAGAUUUGGGAUCAUUCUACGAGGUUGUUCAGAAUCCGAACGCCCGAAAGGUGCUUUUCAUAAUUGGACAAGUCCUCCAGCCCUUUGCCAAUAGCCACUACGGACAGCUAGUGUACGAAAAGCUACGCAAAAGCCCGCACAUUGGGCCUAACCAUUCCCUAGACCUGAACAUGAUUGACGUGAGGUUCACGGAGAAGCAGUUGUUAGACCGAAUAGUCCCACUCUUAUUUUUGGACACUCUCGAUGAAACAUGGCAAAUCUACAAGAAGCCAAGUCACUCCACCACGGCUGGACCCUCUGAUGAAAAUUCUACGGAUGUCCAACAACUCCCCAUGCCACCGUUCAUUCCACCUACCGACAACCUUCCCAAUGGUGGCAGCUUUCGUUCGACGGAAACCUUCCCUUCUUUCUUUACUGCUGCCGCAGGAUUCUCUUCGACGGUGUUUUCCAACGGUGGCGGCUUUCCAUCGACGGCUUUUGGUUCCAGUACUACCGGAAGCUUCACCUUUGGGGGCGUCACUCACCAAGGAGGGCUCAAGUCUGAUUCUUCCACUCGUGACGCUCGGGCUCGCAAACCCAGCUCCAAGAAGCGCAAAAUGUAGAUCAAAGCUUUUCAACAAUUCACUCGAGUCAGCCUCUCUGCCUCAAUGUCCCCUGGAUCAAGAUGUAAACAAUAAUCAUUAGUUGUGUCAU